UCCACGAGCACCGUUAAAUCGUGCUUUGUCAUGAGACCCGAAAUGUUUCGUAAAACGGUAGCAGAACUUUAUGUUCAACGUGCAUGAAUAAACAAAAUUUCAAAGCAAGUAAAUCACAACAAUUUUAGCCGAAAUUUAAUAGCGCUUGGAACUCAGAGCGUCUUUGUAUAAGUUAACGUGCGUUGCAUGUGCCUGGCGGUGUUCCGGGAAAAGUAUUGCACUAUCUUCGACGCAGAAUUGAUUUAUAACGUGUUAAAAACGUGAACGAAAACUGCAUUGGUACAUUGAUAUAUUUACAAGUGUUAACAUGCCGCUUCUUCGUAAACAGCCGUUCCAACGUCUUCACGUCUCUUCAGAUUUUAAAGACGAUGAUGAAGUUUUCCACUGUGAGGUUACCAACGAAAUUUUCAAGGACUACAAUGAAUUCUGUGAAAGAAUUAUUUUAUGCAAUUCACUUAUAUGGUCAUGUAGUAUAACUGGUAGAACCAACAUGACCUAUGAGGAGGCUUUACAAUGUGAAGAAAAUGCAAAAAAGAGUCUUAAAGAAUUUCCUAUGGAGUUACGCAUACCUAUAUUGUAUCUUGCCAGUAAGACAAACAGAUCAUCCUUUAAUGAAAUGAUAGAGGAUGUAUAUCAAUUUGCAAGGGAUCGUUAUUUUGUUGGUGAGAUGGUAGAAGCAAGUUUUACAGAAGAUUCUUGGUGUGAUUGUCAUGUUCUUCAAGUUAUAGCACCUUCAGAACAACAAAUUAAAUUAUAUACUAAAGAAAACAACAGGAGUCCACAAGAGCAACAAUAUCAUCCACCUGCAAAGUUAUUUCGUUAUGAAGUAGAACAGCUAGACUCUGGUGACUCUGAUGUUAGUCAACUUAUGAUAGUAGAAGCAACGCAAGUAAGAAGAAGAAAGCAACACUAUAGUAAAGAGCGUAAUAAAAUUUUUUUACGUCAGCUAUGUGAACAAAAUGAAAAUGGAAUAUGGAUUGUUAAAGACAAUGUUUUACAGAAAUAUGGAAUUAAUAAAGUACGUUUUGACACUAUAUUUGCUGGUCCUCCUCCAGAUUUUACAUCACGCAUUAGGAAAUCUGUUAAACAUAAACAAGAAUCAAUAGAUAAAUUUCUUACUACAGAUGUAUCAAAACAAAAGACGAUAGAAAAACCUGACCCUUUUAAGAAAGUGAAUCAAGGAGGAGUGGAUAUAAAAAAAUUUAGGAAACCAAGGAUGAAUGGAAAAUUUAAAGAAGAUCUUAAAGCAAAGGCACUUGAAGAAAAAGCAAAACGCAAAGAAGAAAGAGUCUUAAAAAGUGAACGUAAGAAGGAAGAAAAGCAAAAAUUAGCAGCUUUAGCUGCAUAUGUAAGACAAUGGAAUAAGCCAAGGGAGGAUCUUGAAUGUGAAGAUCUUUCGCCAAUUCCACAAGCUACCCCAGUUAAAAGUAGCAUACCUAAUGAAAAGUUUGGCGAUAGCGUCAUGAUUCUAGAAUUUUUAGAAUUUUUUAAUGAAGAACUAGAAGUCAGUGCAUAUUUUCCAAAUGGUUUUACUUUAGAUUUAUUAGAGAAAGUAUUACUGGUAAAAGAAACAUCUGGACCUUGGAGUGAUCUUUUACAAUUGCUAUUAGUAAAUAUCUUUAAAUAUCAAGCAGAUGAAGAAGAUGAAAUUCAUGCUCAAGCAUCUGAUAUAACAAAUGAUAUAGGCAUGAAUGAAGGAGCGUCGUCAGUGGCAAAAACCAUAAAACUUUCUCCUAUAGUUUCUAGCUGGAGUCAGAUACAUCAAGGCUGUAAAUUAUCUGAACUAACAUUAGAUCAUGUAACUUUAAGCGAAGUUUUAAGGCAACAUUUAUUAUGUUCUGGAGGAAGAAUUGGUGAUGUUGCUACUAAAUGGAGAUAUUCUCAAAGAGGUGGUUAUACAAAUCAAGACGAUCCUGCACUGUUGAUGAGAAUAAAUGAAGCAUAUAUUUUAAGGUUGUUAGGUCAUCGUAGUGUCCAUGAAUUUGAUUUAGAUGAGAAAUUAAAAGUAGUUACAUGUUUGAUAAAUCAGUUACUAACUUUCGCUUCGAUACGAGAUGUAAUAGAAGAAAGACGUGAAAAACUUCAUCAAGCAAAGAAAGAACUGAAGUCUUUCUUAAUAGCUGAACAAAAGAAAGAAAAAGAAGAAAAAGAAAAAAUGAGAGAACGAGAAAAAGAUAAUGAAAAUAAAAUACCAAAGAAAGUCACACGUGAAGAGGGAAAAAAGAAAGAAGAAUAUGAGAAUAGAUUAAAAGAACUUCAACAAGCAUCCAAGAAUAAUAAAAUGCUGGUUUAUUUAGGCUCUGAUAGAGCACAUCGUAGAUACUGGAGAUUUUUAUCAAUACCAGGAAUAUUUGUAGAAAAUGACGAAUGGUGGACUGGAAAUUGCCUUCCUGAUGGUACACCUUAUCAACCAGAAUUGAAAGAUGGAGACUCCACAUAUGCAUAUUUGAAAAAUAAAUUUGAAGAUGAAUUUAGUGAUAAAGAAAAUAGUUUUAAAAAAGCAAAAAAAUCUACUAAAAAAGUUUCAUUUUCUGAUAAAAAUGGCCUUAAAUCACAGAGAAAAGAUGUGUCUCGAAAAGAAUUUAAGCAAGAACUAUUUGAUAUUAGAAAAAAUUUAAUGGCUUGCACUGGAGACAAAGAAUGUCCAGUGCAUUGGAAGAGGUCAGAAUUGAAAUGGAGUUUCUUUGGAAAGCAGGAAGAUAUAGAAGCUUUAGUAAAUGGUUUAAGUAAGCGAGGGAUCAGAGAAGGUGAACUUAGAAAUAAUAUUAUACAAGAAAUGACAAGUAUAAUAUCUGUGAUUGAAGAAUGUCCUAGACAUAAACUUAAUUCUGAAAUCUUUUCAGAACCUAUUAAAGGGCAGCCUAAUAAAAUUUCAAAAAAGAAUAGAUACGAUAAUUCCAAUUUAAACUACCCUUUAGAAAUGGCAGUUGAUGAUGUUUUAGAAUUGACUCUAAGAGAUUAUAUACUAGAUUUCGAAGAUAAAGUAAAAGGAGGUGGUUUGGGAAGUUUAAAAGUGAAUGAUCGGGAAAUAUGGAGACAUGCAAUAAAUAACAGAAAGUAUGAUAAGCAAUGCGAUAAAUUGUUGUAUGGUACUAAUGAGAUUGAAGCAGAUGUUGUUCCAAAUGCAUCUUUGGAUAGAAUAAAAGAUGAAGCUAAGCAUAGUAGACCAGGAACUCCAGAUUCAGAAAUUGGAAGCAUUAAUAUAAAAGCUUACAAAGAUUCAGGAAAAUAUUUAGGUCCACCAAAUGAAACUGAGAUACUCCCAGAUUUUAAACAACAGCUAGCCAUUAAACAAAUGGCUUGUGCUAUUUUGCAAUUAUCUCAAGCUAUUGAGCAAAAAUAUUUACAGAAACCGUUAGGUCCAAGUGAGAAAGAUAAGAAAUGGUCUGGCGAAGAAAUCAGAGAAAAAUGGGAACAAUCGCUUAUUGCAUCUACGAAUUGGUCUCAAUUAUUUGUACAUUUAAGUACUCUGGAGAAUAGUGUAGCAUGGAGUAGAAGUGCAUUAAAUGCACAAUGUCGAAUAUGUAGACGACGUCGAGACGGUGAUAAAAUGCUACUAUGUGAUGGAUGCAACAAAGGCCAUCAUUUAUAUUGUUUACAACCAAAAUUAAACAGUGUGCCAGAUGGUGAUUGGUAUUGUAAAGUAUGUAAACCACCAACGAAACCAAAAGAGAAAAUUAAAAAAAGAAAGAAAUUUGAAGAUGAAUUAGAAGAGGACGUUAUAUUAACCAAAGAAACUCGGCACAAUCGUGCAAAACGUGUUCUUGAAAGUGAGGAAGAAGAAGAUUCAGAGGAUGAAGAAUUAGAGGAAGACAGUGAUGAUGAUAUUAGUAGUCGACAAAUAAAUGUGUGCUUUGCAUGUAAAAAUGGUGGAAAAUUGAUCGGUUGUGACGCAUGUUCAAACUUUUAUCAUGUAGAAUGUAUAGAACCUUCUAUAACAAGAGCACGCCGAGGAAGAUGGAUUUGUUCAGAUUGCAAGGAUAGGAAAGACAGAAAAACAAAUAUAAAAUAUGUGAGGGGGCGUGAAAGGGAAAGGGACAAGGAGAGACUGUGCGCUGCAGCAGCACGCUCUCGCAUCCAUGGCUUUGCCAAGAGCCUCCUCACUACAGAAUCUACAGACUGGGACGAUAGUAGCACUUCAGAGGAUACAGAACCAAGACAGACCAGAAGAGCAGCUAAGAGAGCUGCUGAAAUUGAACAAGAGGAAGAUAAGGGAAUAAUUAAAGGAUAUAUGGGAAGACUGCAGGAAUUACUUUCUGAUAUUAGGCAUCAUAGAGAUUCAUGGCCUUUCUUAUCACCUGUCACAAAGGACGAAGUUCCAGAUUAUCAUGACAUUAUUUCCAAUCCUAUGGAUUUUGGUACAAUUAAAUACAAACUUAACAGUAGUGAAUAUGAAACAUUGGAACAUUUUUUCAGUGAUUGUCAUUUAGUGUUCGAAAAUUGUCAAGCUUAUAAUGAAGAACAUAGUUCUGUGUACAAUUAUGUAUACAGAGCAGGUAUGAGAUUAUUGAAAUACUAUGAAAAACGGUGCAAAGAACUGGGUUUAACGCAUGGCGAAGAAUUAUUACGGCCUCCAGAUUCAAAGAAACCAAAACUUGAAGAAAACGGUCUUGGAACUAGUGAAGAUGAAGAUGCAGAAGACAUUAAAAAAUCGAGAUAG